AUGGACCCGAUUUCUAUAACCGGUCUCGUAAUAGAGGUCAGCCAUGUGCUGUCGAGCCUGAUCAGAUAUGCCAAAUCGGUACAGAGCGCAAAAUCCGAAGUGCGGAAGCUCACCGAAGAGCUCUUUGCUCUCAAAGGCAUAUUAGGGCACUUGGCAGCACAGAUAGAUGAUGUUCCCAAAUUUCAAGAGUCAGAAACAAGCCCAUUUGAUCGCGACGUUAUGGCGAGAGUAUUGAAUACAACAAAUGAGUUCCUCCAAUCCUUACUCAUGGAUUUGGAAGUGUCCGAGACCAAGUUUAAGCGCCUCAAGCAAACUCUAAAAUGGCCCUUUACUCAGGCCGAAUUCAGCGAACAUCUGGUCCGUUUGGAAAGAGUCAAAUCGUGGUUGAUACUGGUUCUCACUGCAGACCACAAUUCGGUGGAUCGGGAGAUGCAGCAGGAGGUUCGUGAUCUGACAAACACAUUGAAGGAAGACUUGCAGAUUCGAGCUCAAGAGCGCAACAAAUUGGCCAACAGGGAGCUACUGCGAUGGAUAGCUCCUGUGAACCCCGAAAUCUCUCAUCUGCGGGCCUCAAAAAGACAUAGGAAUGGGACUGGUAGAUGGUUUGUCGACGGUCAUUUGAAAACGUUUCUUGAUCAAGAUGAAAACCGAGUUUUCUUCCUCUUAGGGAAAUCCGGAACUGGAAAAACUACACUGUUUGCACAAGUUGCCGACGAACUUACUUAUAUGGCUUCCCAAGGCCAACACAUGUGCCUUGCUUAUUUCUAUUGCACAGUUAGCGAUUUUGCCUCUCAGAAUGCCAAAAAUAUUCUAGGAUCACUUGUGGCGCAGCUCUCGGGAACAGUCCCUUCAAUGUUGGAUGAGAUUCGGUCUAUCUACAACAAAGGCCCAAAUAACCAGGCGCACAGGUUCCCUAUCGAAUUACCUGUUCUCGAAGCUGCCAUCCUUAAGUCUGCUUCUGAAAAGACAAAGGUUGUCCUUUUAGUUGAUGCAAUCAACGAAAGCCAUGAUAUGCAGCUUCUUGAAGCUUCCCUUAUCAAGCUUGCCAGUCUGUCCACGAACAUCCGCGUGCUUAUAACCACUACAAAUACCAUGAGUUCCAUCAAUCACAACAAUGUAUCUGUCUUGAACAUAAGUGGAAAGUCACAAGGGGACAUUGAUACAUUUAUCAAAUACAGACUUGAGACCGAUGAUACGUUGAGAACUUUGGCACCGGAAUUCAAAGCAGAGAUUGAAUUCACUCUUUGUCAAAAUGCUGAUGGAUCAUUUCGCUGGGUCCAGCUCUCAUUGGACAACCUGAGCACGCAACGAUCUGUAAGGGCGAUGCGACAGGCCUUGAAGAACCUUCCAAGUACUUUACGCGAGACAUAUGCAAAUAUGUUGGAAAGAAUUGCCCCUGACGAUUGGAAGAUCGCUCAUGAGGCCCUUUUUUGGCUCAGCUUUGCCAAACAACCUCUUACUUUGAGGUGUCUCAACGAAAUCGUGGUCAUGGACGAGACAAGCAUGACACUCGAUGAGGAUAUGAUGCUUGUCCCUCCACAUAUUCUUCUUGAAAUAUGUCAAGGACUCAUCACUGAAGACCAGCAUGGCUAUCUCAAUCUCGCGCAUGCGUCUGUCAAGGACUUUUUAACGUCUGAUUGGAUUUGCUCAUCUCGAGUCCAAUAUUUCGCCCUGGAUCCUACAACUGCAGACCUGAAAGCCAUGCACAGUUGUCUCACAUACCUGUGUCUCGACAAUUUUGCAAAGGGAUACCUGACAUGCCCCGAAGACCCAGCCAAGCUACGCCAGGAUCAUCCUUUCAUAGCUUACGCCGCAAAUUUCUGGCCCCAACAUGGCGCCGCUUGCGGCUUUGGGGAUUCUGAGCAACCCAUGGUCCACAAAUUCUUUGCUACAAGGUCUCUUCCUGGCCGGGGCAAUUAUGGAACGUGGAUGCAGAUAUUGCUCCGGACAACCGCCGGUUCAAACACGAAUGACGCCGUAGUCAUUGACAGAACGCAUCCUCUAUACUACGCUGCCUCGUUUGGGAUGGUUCAAGUUGUCGAGACUAUUCUCGUUUCCGAGCCAGACAUCGAUAUCAAUGCUCGUGGUGGCCGUGUUGGAGCCACAGCGGUGUGGAUUGCCAGUCUUCGCUUCAAUUUUGAAGUUGUGAAUAUCCUCCUGCGUGCUGGAGCUAAUCCAUCCAUUCGGGAUCCAGGUAGUGGGCUGAAUGUGCUUGAUCUUUUGAGGAUGGUGCCGACCCGUCAUCGAAACUACGAGGGUCUACGACCCAUUUUAGCUCGUCCAGCACCUUGGAAGGCGUUGGAGCGCGAAGAGAGG